GCCUUUUGUGCGCCUGCGCGCUCGCGCUCCCGCCCUCUAGCUGCGCUCGGCUGAGUCAGUCAGUCUGUCGGAGUCUGUCCUCGGAGCAGGAGGAGCGGAGGGACUUCUGAGAGCUUGCUGCUCGAUUAUUUUCUUUCCCCUCCCUCUCUCCCGCCCCGCAUCUCUCUUCACCCCUUUCCUGCCCUUGCUCGCGCAGCCAUGGCGGAGCCGUCGGCGGCCACUCAGUCCCCGUCCGUUUCCUCGUCGUCCUCCGGGGCCGAACCCUCGGCGCCCGGCGGCGGGAGCCCUGGAUCCUGCCCCGCCCUGGGGGCGAAGAGCUGCGGCUCCUCCUGUGCGGAUUCCUUUGUUUCUUCCUCUUCCUCUCAGCCUGUAUCUCUAUUUUCGACCUCACAAGAGGGAUUGAGCUCUCUUUGCUCUGAUGAGCCACCUUCAGAAAUUAUGACUUCCUCCCUUUUUUCGUCUUCUGAAAUGCAUAACACUGACCUUACAGUACUACAUGGAGAAAAAAGCAAAGUGUUAGGCAGCCAGCCUAUUUUAGCCAAAGGAGGAAAAGACCGUUUGGAUCUACUAGAUGUGAAAAAGAUGGAAAAGCUUCAAGGGACUAGUAAAGACAUAGCAUACUCCCCAGUUUCUGUUGCAGAAGGAGUUCAGUGUAACCAUCCUUCCAUUCCGGUCAGUUUCCCUGAUCGUCCUGCUUUUCUCUCAAAGGAAGUUGGUCUAAUGGAACAGCAAAUAAAUAAAAAUCAGGAGUCCAGGAACCCAAAUGAGGUACCAGGUACGGGUGAUGAAACUGGCUUGGAUGUUGAUGACAAGUUCACUUUGCUAACAGCCCAGAAACCACUCGCCCAGCAGCCUAAGGCAGAAGGCAUUUGUACAUAUUCCUUAUCCCCAUCUGAAGUUUCAGGAGGUGGUAUUACUGAAAAGGAUUCCCCUGAGUCACCAUUUGAAGUAAUUAUUGACAAAGAAGGAUUUGACAAAGAAUUUAAAGAUGCCUGUAAGGAGAGCACAAAUGAUUUUGGUAGGUGGGCAGUGCACAUUGAUAGAGAAUCAUCUGCAGACAUUUUGGAGUCUAAUGACAAACUAUUUCCACUGAGAAGUAAAGAGGCAGGGCGUUACCCAACCUCUGCAUUGCUCACUAGACAGUUUUCGCACACAACUGCGGCAUUGGAAGAAGUGUCUAGAUGUGUGAAUGAUAUGCAUAACUUUACUAAUGAAAUACUGACUUGGGAUUUGGUUCCCCAAGCGAAAGAAGAGAGCAGUAAAUCUGACUACAUCACAAAAACUACAGGACUUGAUAUGAGUGAAUAUAAUUCAGAAAUCCCAAUUGUAAAUCUUAAGACUAACGCUCACCAGAAAUUUCCUGUAUGUUCUAUUAGUGGGAGCACUCCCAUCAUUAAAUCAGCAGGUGAUUGGGCACAGGCAUCUCUCCCACGAGAAAAUGCUGUCACGGAAAAACCUAUGCCAGACGGUCUCCAUUCCACGAAGGAAAUCAGUAUCAAAGGUGUGGGAGGCAAUGUACAGAAACAAGAUAACACACUUUCAGAGUUACCUGGAUCUCCUUUUGAGAAGAGUCUCUCUUUGGGUUCUGGAGUGGCUAAUGUGAAAGUGGUCUUACCUGAUGGCCAUGUGAAAGGUGAAAUGAAUUGGCAGAGCUCUGUGUUAGGAGAAGCCACAGAGGCUGAUAGUUCUGGUGAAUCUGAUGACACAGUAAUAGAGGACAUUACAACCAGUAUUUCAUUUGAAAGUAACAAAAUUCAGGCUGAAAAACCUGUUUCCAUUCCAAGUGCUAUUGUAAAAAGAGAUGAAAGAGAAAUCGAAGAGAUUUUCAAUUGCAAUAGGGAAAAUAAAACAUCUGAAAACUUUGAAGGGCCAGUCAGUGGCUCUGAGGCAGCGCAAGUUCAGCCUGAUAUUCUUGAAAGGAGUCCAGCUGGUGAGGCAGCGUGUUCACAAGUACCUGAUCUGAAUGGCACGUCAGAAGAGGUGGAGCAGUCGGGUAGUAUGAGUGAAGUUGAUCCUGAAAAGCCUGUUGCAACCGAGAACCGCAAACUUCCUUCAGCUCUGUCUCCAAGUGUUCUUCCAGAGACAGAAUUCUCACUAAAUGUGACAACCUCUGCCUAUUUGGAGUCAUUACAUGAAAAAAGUGUUAAAGGUGCAGAUGAUUCUUCCCCAGGGGACCUGAUAGCAGCCUUUACAGAAACCAGAGAGGAAGGAAUUGUAGAUAAAGGUGCAGGAAAUGCCUUUCAGGCAACAUCAGAGAAGACUGCAGACUUUAAAACAACUCUUGCUAUGGAAAUCUUGCAUGAAAAUGAAUCAGGUGGUUCUGAAAUUAAAGACAGAAAAAGCAAACACACUGAACAAAGCAAAGAAACUAAUGAAAGUACGGUUCUGGAUGUUUUCCCUGCCCAGGGUACUCCAGCAGCAUCUCUUGACUUAGAACAGGAACAGCUCACAAUCAAAGCACUUAAGGAACUGAGUGAAAGGAAGGUUGAGAAGUCAGCUUCUGUACUGGAUAAUGUAGAAUCUUCUCCUGAAGAAAUACUCAAGCAGACUUUCACAUGUGAUCCAGAAUCUUCUUGGCUUCAGAGAUCGUAUGAUGUCCUAGAACACACAGAAGUUAAUACUGGAUCUGAUCUUGGGAUUUCCAAGAAGCCCACAAUUAGCAAAGAAACUCCUAGGGUAGAUACUAUUUCGAGCCUUAGAAAGACUGAAGUGGUAAACAAGCAAGCCCUAGCAAGACUUCUCACAAACUUCUCAGUGCACGAUCUGAUUUUCUGGCGAGAUGUGAAGAAGACUGGGUUUGUCUUUGGCACCACACUGAUCAUGCUGCUCUCCCUGGCAGCUUUCAGUGUCAUCAGUGUGGUUUCUUACCUCAUCCUGGCUCUUCUCUCUGUCACCAUCAGCUUCAGGGUCUACAAGUCUGUCAUCCAAGCUGUACAGAAAUCAGAAGAGGGCCAUCCAUUCAAAGCCUACCUGGAUGUAGACAUUACUCUGUCCUCAGAAGCUUUCCAUAAUUACGUGAAUGCUGCCAUGGUGCACAUCAACAGAGCCCUGAAACUCAUUAUUCGUCUCUUUCUGGUGGAAGAUUUGGUUGACUCCUUGAAGCUGGCUGUCUUCAUGUGGCUUAUGACCUAUGUUGGUGCUGUUUUCAAUGGAAUCACCCUUCUGAUUCUCGCCGAACUGCUUAUUUUCAGUGUCCCCAUUGUCUAUGAGAAGUACAAGACCCAGAUUGAUCACUAUGUUGGCAUCGCCCGCGAUCAGACCAAGUCGAUUGUUGAAAAGAUACAAGCAAAACUCCCCGGAGUCGCAAAAAAGAAGGCAGAAUAAGUACAUGGGAACAAGAAAUGCAACAGUUACUAAAACACCACUUAAUAGUUAUAACGUUAUUACUUGUACUAUGAAGGAAGUGCUCAGUGUCAGCUCGAGCCUGCAUUCCAAGCUUCUUUUUCUUAAUUUGGUGUUUUCUCCCCUCCUUUCCCUUCACCCUCAGUAUCAAGCACAAGAAUUGUUGGACUAAAAAAAGAACUGAUAUCUUAGGACCCAAAAGAAUAAAGAGAGAGUCAAAUUAAUAGGAUAAAUCAGUACCUUAAUGGUGGUGGAGCUUUUACUUGUAGCUUGAAAGGGGAGAGAUUGGAGGUCAAGGAGAAAAUGAAAGAUAAAGCACUGCUCUUGGACUCUGCUAUCCAGUUCUCAAGGACUAGUCUUACACAGCUUCCCAUCAGAGUUUUACCCUUAUUUUUAAGUUAAGAAAUAAUGAUUAACUUAUGAGGAAAUUAUCUGGGGACAAGAGUGGGAUUCCUUCCCAUGGGGUUUUUGGCAGCCCUCUGAUCCCAUCUUCCUGCCCCACAAUGUGAGCAGCUACUCCUGAUAUUCCUCUUCUUCAUGUAAUGCUAUAACUUCCAACUCUAUGAAUAACCUGUAGGUGAUAGAGUUCUGAUUCCCAGAAUGCCAUCUGGGAACCAAGAAUGGAAAUGGAAGGUGGGGCUGGGACGACCCUCCCCUCCCGCUCACCCCUAGGAAAGGAAAGUCUCUUCUAUUUGGGAGGGUGGCGUCUGUGUCUAUUCUCGUAGGCACCAGUUCUGAGCUUUAGUUUGAGAACUCAUUCCUGAAUGUGCUUUCCUCCUUCUUCCCUGCCCACCUCACCUCGAGUUUAAUAAAUAUGGUUGUACUUUUCUUAUUAUGAAAUAAAUGUCUGUAACUGCUGUACACUGCUGUAAACUUGUUAGAGAAAAAAAUAAUCUGCAUGUGGGCUCCUCAGUUGUUGAGUUAUUGUAAUCCUGUCUCAGUCCAUGGCGGGUUGGGGGGGAACAUUCUCAGGAGGUGAAUACAGAAACAUAAAAGGCCUUUUUUGCUUUUAUCUUUUCUCCGCAGCUUCCUCCUUCACAUGCUACAUCUUUAACCUAUGCUUAUCAUUGUAUCCUAAGGACCAAAGCCAAGCUGGCUUGAGAGGAGAUUUUGUGUGUGUCUGUGGUUAAGAGACCACAAAUUAGUGUAAGAAAGUAUGUUCUGUGGUUCAUAUGGAGUUUUAACUUUGAGGCUAGCUUUACGUGUGUGUUAUGUUUUGAGGGUUCCUUUCAUCUUCAGGCACAUAAAAUGUCUCAGCACCUCUGUCAUGGCCCAGGGUGCUCCUUUUGAGAGUGUUUUCCAAGAAGUUUUAGGUGAGGGCGACCAGGCAGGACCAGAUUGUGUGGAUGGGCUCCGUGUGCAAUUAAAAGAUAAACAGAACAACCCAGACAGACAUCAGAUGGAGGGCGAUCAGGAAUCUGAUUCCUGUUGAGACAAGUGUCUUUCUCCCUUUCCAACAUGAAAAUUCGGUCAACUUGAAAGAAGUCAUCUGUGAGUUCCUUCAGGUUGUAAAACUUGUGGUCAUGGUAAUCCAGAGGGAAUGUGCGCUGGUGACUUGAAAGUAAGGGCUACAGUCUUUGAUGGUCCCAAAGCACUGCAACUCUGUAGAAGGUAGUGGAAGUUUUCUUUCUACUGUUUUGGAAAAGUUACUUCAGCCAUUUAGAUGGGUAAAAGGUACCCUUGCCUUACUCCAUUUUCCUAUUUACUUAGCCCCCUUUCCUUUUUAAUGUUUAAGCUGAUUUCACAUUGUCCAUCCUAUCUUAUGCCCUCCCAAGAAGUCAGUGCACUGAUCAACUUUUUUGGGCUUCCCCUCCAAAGGACCCUUCUCUGCACUGGAAGCCUCCACACCUAGCUCUUUUGUUUUGUUACUGCUGUGUUUAGGUAAUUGGACAGAUCUUUGUGCCACACAGGAAUUUUUUUUUUUUUUUUUUAAGGAAAAUCUAUAGAUGAACUAUUACUAAUGAAACUGUGUGUGCGUGUAUGUGCGUGCAACAUAAAAAUACAGUAGCACCUAAGGAACUUGAAUCUUGGUUCCUGUAAAACUGCAAAUUGAUGUGGUAUUAAUUAAAAAAAAAUAAAACACA